CAUUGUCUCCUUCUUUUACCGUCGGUUACCCGCCAUGUCGGAAAGCGAUUCAGACGAGGGGAUGAAAAAUUCCACUUGGGUCCCUUACAGAGACCGAGAUGAGUGGAAGGACGUCUCCCCCAUCCCCCAGGAUGACGGUCCCGGCCCCGUGGUCCAGAUUGCAUACUCUGACGAAUUUCAAGAUGUAUACGACUACUUCCGGGCCAUCAUUGCAAAGGAAGAAGUGAGUGAUCGUGCUCUGGAGUUAACGAAAGACGCAGCACGGCUAAAUGCCGCUAAUUAUACUGUAUGGCAUUACAGGAGAAUUCUCUUAAAAGAGCUGGAAAAAGACCUGAAAGAGGAACUAAAAUACAUCACAGACAUGAUCAUCUCCCACCCCAAAAACUACCAAGUCUGGCACCACCGCCGAGUGAUUGUGGAAUGGCUACAGGACCCAUCACAAGAACUUGAAUUUACUGCCCAGAUCUUGAAAAAGGACGCUAAGAAUUACCAUACAUGGCAACACAGGCAGUGGGUGAUCCGGGAGUUUGGAUUGUGGGACAGAGAGCUGGAAUACGUGGACUCUCUCCUACAGGAAGACCUCAGGAACAACUCGGCAUGGAAUCAACGAUACUUCGUCAUCAACAACACCACUGGGUUUACUGAGGAAGUGGUCAACAAGGAGGUCAGAUACACACAAGAGUUUAUCAAGAAGGCCCCCAACAAUGAGAGUUCUUGGAACUACUUGAAAGGGGUGCUGAUGGACUUUGAGCUGUAUAAGUACCCAGGCCUGCUGGAGUUUUGUCAGCAGCUGUAUGAUGAUCGAUACAGAUCUCCAUACCUGAUUGCUUGUAUGAUUGACACAUAUGAAGAGAUGCUGGAGCAGAACUGUGGAGAACAGCGAGAGGUUCUGGAGAAAGCCGUGUCGCUGUGUCAGUCGUUAGCGGCGGAGUACGAUACGAUCAGAUCACAAUACUGGGACUAUCUCUCCCGAGUGUUGUCCAAUAAGUAUGGCAGUGAAGAGAAUACACAGGGCAUCAAUGCACAGGAAUCCUCAUGAUGAUCCGUUUCGUCAUGAUGAUCCGUGUCGUAAAAAUGCUUUACAAACAGGAAAUAUUCAUGACAACCUAUGACAGUAUAGCAAGGGAAAGCUUAAGGAGUUUUUACACGUUGAUGACUAUUUCACCAACCUCCCCAACAGAAAACCUUAUCUCUGCCCUACUGCUAGAUUAAUGACUGCUACUAAAACACAAAUUAUUUUAUAUAUACGUUGUAUUUUAUCUUUAUUAUCGAAUUGUCUACAAGAUUAAAGAUGAAUGUUUGUGUGAUAAAAGAUAUACUGUAGUCAGAUUUAAAGUGCUUAUAAUAGCAAUGCAGAAUUUAUCUGUAAGAAAAUGUUUUCCAUGAUAAUAAUAUAUGGAAUGUGAUGGAAUCCUAUUCAUAGAUAUACAGAACAUACUAGGUAGAAUUUAUUGUAAAUUGAUACAGGUUUUAGAAAAAAAAGCAUAGUGCUUCAGAGGUGCUAAUGUUAACAUUGCAUAUGAUGUAACUUUGUGUUCUUGUUCAACAGAUCAUUCUCUUACAAAGUUGUAUGUGUAUAAUCUGAGUAUGAACAUCUUUAAUCUGAGUAUGAACAUCUAUAAUCUGAGUAUGAACAUCUAUAAUCUGAGUAUGAACAUCUUUAAUCUGAGUAUGAACAUCUUGAAUAUGAGUAUGAACAUCUUUACCUUGCAAAGUAAAUGUACUUUAAAUGUUGGCUAGAUCAUCAGGAAAAAAUGAAGUCCAGCCGUUAUUGAAUUUUACUGUAACUCAAAGUUCAAACUAAUUUGAAAUCUCUCCUUGAUUUUUGGUCCUUACCGGAGAUCACCUUUCUAUUGAAUGUGUACACUUCAGAAGUUACCAAGAAAAACCUCCAUACUGGUGCAUAAUAAAUCAUUUUGUUGAGAAUUUUUGCUAUAAAAUUAUUUUAAAUGUGAUGUUAUGCUACAUUCCACCCACCCAACUGCCAAUCAGGAUACUGUGUACAAAUGUUCUAUACUGUUUAAUGCCCAUGCAAGCUUCUACAUGUAUUAAUAUAUUGUACAGCAGAUUAGCACCAUAAAUAAAGCUCCUUCCAUACAUAU